UCAUCCCGCUAUCACCGCACGGUUCCCUCGAGCGAACGAGCGUAAUCGCACGCGCGCGUAAAAAAAAAGAGAGAGUGAGAAAGAAGGAGGGUUUAUAGACAGAGAAUAAACGAUCACACUCGCGCAUCUCUUCCGACUCUCUUCUUUUGUCUACUAUUUUGUCCUGUUCAGUAUUUCUCCAACCUCCUUAAACGUAUAAACGCGACAAGGGGACACCGUAUCUAAAUACAGAACAUAUAUAUAUAUAUAUACACACACACACAUACAUAUAUAUAUAUAUAUAUAUAUACAUACACAAUAUAUCAGUCGGUAUAUCGGAGAGAGUUUUUUUCAAACCGGUCUCCUUCAGCGACAGUUUAAUCGGUGAGAGUAAUCCCCCGCGGCAAGGAGCAGCCAGGAAGAGUCUACAGGACAACACACUAUCCAGACGAGUCGACGACCAGCCGCUUCUUCGACACCAGUUCCACGGAGGAGAGAGAAAGACAUAGCAAGAUGACGAAGCUGAUCGUAAUAGCGAUGCUGUGCCUGCUGCACCUGAACGCGGUGUUCACGAUGCCCGUAGCAGAGAACCAGGAGCCACUGCCUGUGGUGCCGUUGGAGAAAUCUGGGACCAAGCUUUCAGACUUGCCAGCGAUCCCGACUGUCCCGGCACCGAGCCAGGAAGCAGCGGAAGCACCGCUACCUGAGGCGAAAUCAGCCAAAUCCGAGGUGCCUCACGUGAGGAGCGAGCUUCCAGCUGAAAAUCUCCAGGCGUCUGAGAAGGCCGAGGAGAAGAAAGAGGAGCCUCAGCAAGCGAAACCUGAAGAGAAGAAACUAGAGGACGCUAGACAGGAAAAAACGGCUGAGCCACAGCAACAGCCGCAAGAAUCUCAACCUGCUGCUGAGCAGAAGCAGGAGAAGCCUGAGGAAGCGAAGAAAGAGGAGGAGAGCCUGAAACCGGCUGCUUCGGAGUCUCAUGAAACGGUGCAAGCUGCUCCUCAAGAGCCUAAGCAGGAUGCUGCUGAAGUUCCAGCAGAACAGCCGGUAAGUAAAGCUGUGGUGCUAGACGGCAAGAGCUCCGAGCAGGCCGACUCCGCGGAGAAGAGCGCAGAGGCAGCGAAAGAGGAGUCAAAAGAGGAGAAGAAGGCUGAAGAAGUGAAACCUAGCGUGAGGAAGGAAGACGAAUCCAGCUCUGCUGCAUCUGAAUCCUCCGAGGAGAAGGCUCUGCCCGCUGCCGAAGAGAAGAAGGCCGAGAAGCCUCUGGAGGAGCAACAGGAGAAGAAAGCUGAAGAGAAACCUGACCGUGUGACACGUCAUGCCGAGGAAGCUGCCCCAGAGAUCAAGAAACCCGAGCAACCAGCUGAAUUACCUGCUGCUGCGCCAACGCAAGAAGAGAGCAAACCAGCAGCCAAGAGUGACAAAAUCGCGCCACCCCUCGAACAACCUGCAAGCAGCUCCGAGGAAUCCUCUUCGAAGAGCAGCGAGGAGAAGAUCGAAGCCGUUGCUCAGCCAGAGAAAGAAGCGAAGAGCGCUGAGGUGUCCAGUAGCGCUCAGGAAUCAUCCGAACAGCCAGCCAAAUCUGACGAAUACAGCCAGACCAAGCGUGAAACCGUGGAGGCCGAGGCACAGGGAAAAUCUGAUCUAGCUGAAGAGAAGAAGGAGACGCCACUGAAGCCGCUUGAAGGCGCGAAGGAGUCGAAGGAGUCGAAGGAGUCGAAGGAACGUUUGGACGAUUCUUCGGAGGAGAAAUCAGCCGAGAAGAAGGAGGGCAAGUCAAGCGAGGAGGGGAAGUCCUCUGAAGAAUCAAAGGAGUCCAAACCAGCUGACGAGUCCAAGCCAGAGCUGUUGCCGAAGCCUCAGGAGCUGUUGCACCACUAAUAAAAACGGUCGCAACGAGAGGCGGAAGGACGAAGACGAAGAUGAAGAAGGAGAAGCGGUAGCGCCGAAGAGCAGCAAACAUCCAAGCGAAGCGAUUUAAACAACAACAACAACAAAAAAAGCUACAGAAAAAAGAAAAACAGAACACACUGGCUCUCGCCACUCUCGUCGGGGCGCCACUGCGUUUCAAAUUCGAGAAAGACACCCACCACCAUCGACGAAUCGACACCGGAUAAAAAAAUGGGAAAAACAAUUUUCAAUGGUAAAAAACAGGCAAAAAAAAAAAACAAAACAGAAAAGCAACAAAAAAAAAAAAGAAAGAAAGAAAGCAGGAUAGGAAAGGAACGCGACAAGGAAGGAGAGAGAACAAGAAAACGCGCGCGCGCGCGUAGUUUGUUCGGCCCGGAAUAGAAGAGGAGAAGAAGAAGAAAAAAGGAAAAGAAAAGCGAGGCGGGUGAGCAAAGUGUGUACGGUCAGAGGAAGAAAAUGUAUGAACGGGAGCGGGAGAGAGAGAGAACGAGACGGAGUGAGAGUGUAUAUCGGUGUGAAUGGGAGAGAGAGAUUGCGCGAUCAAUUCUGUGGGCAGGGUCCAAAACAAAAAACUUCCCCUCGGCACGCUACGAUUCCGAGAGAAAAAAUUUCAUCGACUCGGGGCAGGAUGGCCACGUGGCAACCUGGCUGUGAGGGAAUAGAUAGACAA